CAUUUAAGGCGCGCCCAGUUUACUGCGUCUCUUUCUAAGAAAGGAUUUCGACUAUCGAGGAUCAUUUUCUAAACGAAUUUACUUUUCGCUUAAUAUCGUAAAAAUGCGUGAAAUUGUACAUGUUCAAGCUGGCCAGUGUGGUAACCAGAUUGGUGCCAAAUUCUGGGAAGUUAUUUCUGAUGAACAUGGCAUUGACCCAACUGGUACAUAUCAUGGAGAUUCUGACCUUCAAUUAGAAAGAAUAAAUGUGUAUUAUAAUGAAGCUUCAGGAGGAAAGUAUGUCCCUCGAGCUAUCUUAUUGGAUUUGGAGCCAGGUACCAUGGACUCCGUCCGAUCUGGUCCAUUUGGUCAGCUCUUCAGACCCGACAACUUCAUUUUUGGUCAGAGUGGAGCUGGUAAUAACUGGGCCAAAGGCCAUUAUACUGAAGGAGCUGAAUUAGUUGAUACAGUUCUUGAUGUUGUAAGAAAAGAAUCUGAAAGUUGCGAUUGCUUACAAGGAUUUCAACUGGCCCAUUCUCUUGGUGGAGGAACUGGUUCUGGAAUGGGUACUUUACUUAUCUCAAAGAUUCGUGAAGAAUAUCCCGAUAGAAUAAUGAACACAUUCAGUGUUAUGCCAUCUCCAAAGGUUUCCGACACAGUUGUAGAACCUUACAAUGCUACCCUUUCUGUCCAUCAACUAGUUGAGAAUACAGAUGAAACUUUCUGUAUUGACAAUGAAGCUUUGUACGAUAUCUGCUUCAGAACCUUGAAGCUCACAACCCCAACUUAUGGAGACCUUAACCAUCUUGUAUCUGUUACUAUGUCCGGUGUUACUACUUGUCUCAGGUUCCCUGGCCAGUUGAAUGCUGAUUUACGAAAACUUGCUGUCAACAUGGUACCAUUCCCACGUCUUCACUUCUUUAUGCCUGGUUUUGCUCCUUUGACAUCCAGAGGUAGCCAGCAGUACCGAGCUCUAACUGUUCCUGAGCUUACCCAACAAAUGUUUGAUGCCAAGAACAUGAUGGCUGCUUGUGAUCCUAGACAUGGACGUUACCUCACUGUUGCCACCAUCUUCAGAGGCCGCAUGAGCAUGAAAGAAGUUGACGAACAAAUGUUGAAUGUUCAAAACAAGAAUAGUAGCUACUUCGUUGAAUGGAUCCCCAACAAUGUUAAAACUGCUGUCUGCGAUAUCCCACCACGUGGUCUUAAGAUGUCUGCCACCUUCAUUGGUAACAGCACUGCCAUUCAAGAAAUCUUCAAGAGAAUCUCAGAACAAUUUACUGCUAUGUUCCGUCGUAAGGCUUUCUUGCAUUGGUAUACUGGAGAAGGUAUGGAUGAGAUGGAAUUUACUGAAGCUGAGUCCAAUAUGAAUGAUUUGGUCUCUGAAUACCAACAAUAUCAAGAGGCUACUGCUGACGAUGAAGGCGAAUUUGAAGAAGAGGAUGUGGCUAAUGAAACUGCCUAAAUUUUGACUUUCAUAAAAUUAACUUAUUUUAGAAGUUAAUAUGCAUUUAAAGUGCUUAUUGGUUUCUAAGAUCCAAAAGUUCAAUUUUGUUUAAGCCAUUAACCACCGAUUUAUUGCUGCUGUAUAAUUUUCUAAAAUUGUAAUAAAUUUUGUUUAUGUUUAAA